GUUGUGCCUUCACUACCCGCCGUUUCAAAAUGCUGCUGGGGCUUCAGGGCCUGUGACUGACGCCCCCUCCCCCCGGCUCGGCGGGGGAGCGACUCAUGGAGCGGCCAUAAGGUUUAUCAGCAGACUUCACUUCACUGCCAAAAUGACAUCAUUUUCCACCUCUGCCCAGUGUUCAACAUCUGACAGUGCUUGCAGGAUCUCUCCAGAACAGACCAAUCAGGUACGACCAAAACUGCCGCUUUUGAAGAUUUUGCAGGCCGCAGGUGCACAAGGUGAUAUGUUCACUGUUAAAGAGGUCAUGCACUAUCUCGGCCAGUAUAUUAUGGUGAAGCAGCUUUAUGAUCAGCAGGAGCAGCAUAUGGUAUAUUGUGGUGGAGAUCUUUUGGGAGAACUACUAGGUCGUCAGAGCUUCUCUGUGAAAGAUCCAAGCCCUCUCUAUGAUAUGCUAAGAAAGAAUCUUGUCACUUUAGCUACUGCUACUACAGCACACCAGAGCCAUGUAAAGUCUACCUAUUCCUCUUUCAGUGAUGUUAAGAUUCUGUGGACUUACGUGGUGUCACCCUGAUCCAUCUGUUAUUAUAAAGGUCCCCCCAAGAACCUUUCACCUAAAGGUUUUAGCUUUCUGUUCUUUGAAUGCCAAUUUGUCUAAUCUUUUGCUUGAUUCCAUAUCUUUUAAAUACCGCCCUUUGAGUUUAUUAGUUAUGUGCAGGAACUGGCUGCUUUGGGGUUUGAAGUAUGGUGUAUUAGAUAAGUGAAUAAACUGGAUACAGCUAAAAUUUAACCCUCUCACUCAUUUCCAAAUAAUGAAACUUUUUUCUUUCUCCAUUCCUACGUGAAGCCCUUUUGUAAGUUUCAAAUUAGAUUUUAGGUAACUUUGUCCUUUGAAGAAAGCCUAAGUUUGUAAUCCCUUUAGAUUGGCUAUUUUUCAAUAGUUUACUGAAACAAAUAGGUUGAAAAAAAUCCAUUCCUAAUAAAAAUUUACUCUUUAUAGUGAGAGCAAAGAGACUUUGCUCUCAUUUUGAAAUGUGUUUGAACUCACAUUGACUUUUCUUUUUAAGAACUUUUAUUGAGAUACAGUUGACAUACAGUAAACUGCAUAUGUUUAAAGUGUACAAUUUCAUAUUUUUUUCUUAUUAGUAAUGUAUAUAUGGCAAUCCCAAUCUCCCAAUUCAUUCCCCCCAACCCUCCCCGCUUUCCCCACUGGUGUCCAUAUGUUUGAACUUACAUUGACUUUUGAAGCUUCUUGAUUUCACUGAGCCAUUUGCCUACUACACCCAGCUGUAAAUUUCUGUUUGAGAGGGAAGGCCUUACAAAUGAUAUGGUGCUUUUUUGAAAUUCAGUCACUUGUGAAAUAGUAUGGUCUUCCUGGGGUAGUCACUACAGGCUUGAAAUACACAGAUAAUUUUAUAUUUGCUGAUCUGUUCUUUCUUUUUGAUUGAUAUGUUCUCUGAAUAUCUAGAGUGGGUAUAAUUCUCACUUCUGUCUCUCAUUUUCUUUCUUGCAUUUCCUCAGCAGAAUUUAACAUGCCAUAUAUUAAAAUGAACACUUCUGUAACAAACAUUUCAAUUUAUCCUCACAACAACCCUGUGAGGAAGGUCUAGAGAUGAAGAAACUGAGGUUUUUUUGUUUUGUUUUGUUUUGUUUUUUUAAAGAAUGAGUAAUUUGUUCAAGAUGAGAUGCCACUGAUAAGAGAUAGAGCAGAUAUUUGUGACUCUCUAGUAUGUGCCCUUUCCUUUGUGCCACACAUUGAUGUCUCUUUAACCCUUGCUUGUAACAGAAUUUGCCCUAAUUAAUUUUUUUAACACAUUAAAAAAAAUCUGAACAUUAAGUUUUUAAAACAUUUUCUUUGUUCUUUGCUUUAUCACUUUGAAAUAAUUUCACUUACAAAAAUGUUACAAAGGUAUUAAGAAGAGUUCCAUAUACUCUUUACCCAGAGUCCCCAAAUGGUAACAUCUUACAUAACCAUAGUACAAUGAUCAAAAUCAGGAAAUUACCCCAAAGUAAUUUUAAUUGGUUGUCUCUUCUGGACUUGAACUUGCAUUAGUGUUUAUGGUUGGCCAUCUCUGUUGAUCUUCAUAAAUUGGGUUGCAUGGGUUUUACUUGAAAGGAUAAAUGAGAAAAACACUUUCCAUAUCAACUAUCUUACACCUUUGCAAAUGAAAUAAACCUUUUAUUUUGAUGGUUAAAGAAAUGAAGGUGGUUCUUUAGAAAUCAUUUCUCCAAAUUUCCACAUGUAUUCUAAUAAAAUGAAAUAUAUAUGACAGAUUUUGUAUUUAUUUUAAAAUUACCUUGUACAUUAUAGUUUUCUCUGAUAAUUUCUUUUUGCUUCUAAUUGUUUUAACCUAACUAAGUUAGUAUUUAGAACUAGAAAUGACAGUAAUUGAAUUACUUUAUUAAAGAAGUGCUUCACUGCAUUGUAUGUUAAUUGAUCUUUGUGGUCAGAAAAUUCUGGCUCUUGAAACACUCAUUAUCUCCAUUUUAUCUAUUAAAAUGCUUCUAGAAAUAAUGGUGUUUAUAAUUACAAUUUUGAAAGUGUUUGCUUUGUGCCAAACAAUUGUCAGACCAGUUGUAGGAUGUGUAUUCUUUCUUUGUCAGUCUUUAUUGGAUGAGGAUGACAUUUUCCUUAAGUGUCUUUUUCUGGAUCUGAUAGUAGCUGAUGAACCCAAUCCAUGAUAGACUUAUUUGGGUGCAUAUAGUUACCUAUAGCCUCAUAUAAUGAGUGGUCCAGGUUAUUAAAUUUUUGCAUCUUUUCUUUUCCUGUAGCUAAGUUUUCAUCUUCUGUUCUGCCUGAAAAUUUUUCAAGGCCUUGAAAUACAGUUUUCUCUGACUAAGAAAUUCUCUCAGGUUAUUUUUUCCUUUGCUUCUUUUUAUUGGCCUUAAGAAAGACUUUAUCUGCUUCCUUUUUCUUCUUAGGAAAUGUUUAUAGAAACUGGGAAAAAUAAGACUUGUUGAUUAAAAAAACUAAUCCAUUUUCAGGUGAUGGGAAUUUAAACCAUGAAAUCAGCAUUGAUACUUAGAAUGUAAGUUUACAUGAGGAUGCUAUUGUGUCAUAAAGCAAGUGGGAAAAAUCCCAGAUUUUUAGAUUUCAUAAUCCUGUAUAGCUUUAACACUUGAAAAUAAAAAUUAAAUUUAAAACCCAAAUUUUUUUUCUUAUUGUUUACAAGUUAGGCAAAUUUGGAAAUACACCUAUAGGAAUAGAUGAUAAAAUACUCUCCAUUAUUCCCUGCUUGGAAUCACUUUCUAUAUUAAAUUGAAAACAUGCCACGGAAGAACAUUUUUUUAGUCAUUUUUCAUUUUUCUUCAGGUUAUUUUUUGGUAAUAUAUUUUGAAUAUAGUCUCUCUCAGUCUAUGCCAUUUUUAUUAGUUUUGAUUUUUCCUUUCCUUUGGAUGAGAGCCUUGGCCAGUCAGAAUCAUCUUUAGGGGCCAAACCUGGCUCCAGGGUUGUUUGCUGAGGUCCUUUCGGUGUGGAAAGAAUGGUUAUUACCAGGGAAGGUUUUCCUUUUGUUUUACUUGCUAUCCAGAUGCUGCUCAGACUCUCGCUCUCGCACAG